AUGGGUCGUAUGCAUGGACCUGGUAAGGGUAUCUCGGGCUCCGCCCAGCCCUUCAAGCGCACUGCCCCCUCGUGGCUGAAGACCACCACCCCCGAGGUGACCGAUCUGAUCUGCAAGCUCGCCAAGAAGGGUCUCACCCCCUCGCAGAUCGGCGUCAUCCUCCGUGACUCGCACGGUAUCGGUAAGGUCAAGUUCGUCACCGGCAGCAAGGUGCUCCGCAUCCUGAAGGCCAACGGUCUUGCCCCCGAGCUCCCCGAGGAUCUUUACCACCUCGUCAAGAAGGCCGUGGCCGUGAGGAAGCACCUCGAGAAGUUCAGGAAGGACAAGGAUGCCAAGUUCAGGCUCAUUCUCAUCGAGUCGCGUAUCCACCGUCUCUCCCGCUACUACCGCCGCACGAAGCAGCUGCCCCCCAACUGGAAGUACGAGUCUUCCACGGCCUCGGCCCUCGUCGCCUAA